AUGCUGGAGAUGUCAGCGGUGCCCAGCCAGCGUGAACCGAGGCAGGAGCUCCUGGAAGAAGAGGACGUGCAAUUGAAGGUGUCCUGGGGAGUUGUGGGCGGAGCUUGUGAAGAGCUCAUUGAGUAUGAGGUGGGCUCCUUUGUGUCUGUGGCGGACGCAAGAAGGCCGUGCAGCGCUCUGUUUUUCCGGCGGAUGAUUUGCGGGUGCCGGUGCUGGUCCAAAGAGCCGGAGGUUGAGACGCUGAUGCGCUGCUACCUUUGGAAGCUGAACUCCAAUGUGGAGCUCACCUCAGAUCGCCUCAGCGACCUCUCCAACUGGCGCAGGAGGCUGUUCUUCCUGCAGCGGAAGUCCACGACUGUGGUCAUCACCUACCUUUCUGAGAAAGGCAACGGGGUGGUGCAGCUGGCGUGCAAGCUGAGCGGCGGCAGGCUCUGCCUUCGGCACCACUGCGAGGCGCGGCGGCUGCCCAAAGUCAAGGUGGAGCUCGGCACCGACAAGCGCGAGGAUAUGCUCGACUCCAUGCGGCAGUACGAUGUGGCCUUCUCUCGCAAGGUGGACGGUACCUAUGAGAAGCUGUUGCCUGCGAGUUUGCAGGCGAGCUGCUUCUCCUGGCGCGACCAAACGUUGGUGAUGGCUGCGCGGCCUGAGCUGGCUAGGGCUUUUGAGAAGGCGGUGGUUCUGGCAGUGCCUGAGCUGGCCUCGUCCCUAGCACCCGAAAGCGGGUAG